GAAGUAUUAGGAACGAAUUCUGAAUGGAGACUUCAGUUUUGUUGCGAUGGAGAUUAUCCAUUUCCCCGUCCCUCCAGUUCAGAACCCGCCGCCCUCCGGCGGGAAAGUCGCGCGCCUGCGCACCAAGCACCCGGGCCGGCGGGUCCGCGGGCGGAAAGCCCUGUGAGGGCCCGCGCUUGCUGAAGCCCAGCGACCAUUAGUUCCCCGCUCUUCCUCCGCCUCGCGCCCGUGGUGGCCAGAACUGUUCCAGUUUGUGUGGGGCUUUGGACUAGUCUCCUGGCCUUGAGCCUCCUGGCUCUUUGGGUGGUCAGCGGGCAGUGAGCGCCUGCCUCAGCCCUCCCCCAGGGCGCCUCCUCUCCCCGCAGCCAGCAGGCGCGGGGGCUGGCUGCCCCCGGCGGCCCCAGAAGCAGACCUUUGCACCGCCGCCAGCUGCGCUGAGGCUCCCCUGCUGGGAAGCGCUCCCUGUGGCCCCCUGCUGGUUUAUCUGGAAGGUGAAAAAUUCAAAUGGAGUUCCUUAGGGCCGGCCGGCUUCUCUUUGGGGUUUGGGCAUAUGGUGCAUUUUUUGUUUGCCCUUUUGAGAGCAGUGGCAUUAUGUAGAGCUCGGCUCACUUUUUGUGAUGGAGGCGUCUUUGGGGAUUCAGAUGGACGAGCCCAUGGCCUUUUCUCCACUCUGCGACCAGUUUCAGGCUGAUGAUUCUUUAAAAAAAUAUGAGCACAAUUUUAAGCUUUCAGGUGUUAAAAAGGACAUUGAGAAACUUUAUGAAGCUGUACCACAGCUUGGUAGUGUGUUUAAAAUUAAGGACAAAAUUGGAGAAGGCACUUUCAGCUCAGUCUAUUUGGCCACAGCACAGUUACAAGUAGGACCUGAAGAAAAAAUUGCUCUCAAACACUUAAUUCCAACAAGUCAUCCUGUAAGAAUUGCAGCUGAACUCCAGUGUCUCACAGUGGCUGGGGGGCAAGACAAUGUCAUGGGAGUUAAAUACUGCUUUAGGAAACAUGAUCAUGUGGUCAUUGCUAUGCCAUACCUGGAGCAUGAGUCUUUUUUGGACAUUUUGAAUUCUCUUUCCUUUCAAGAAGUACGGGAAUAUAUGUUUAAUCUUUUCAAAGCUUUGAAACGCAUUCAUCAGUUCGGCAUUGUUCACCGUGAUGUUAAACCCAGUAACUUCUUAUAUAACAGACGCCUAAAAAAAUAUGCCUUGGUAGACUUUGGUUUGGCCCAAGGAACCCAUGAUACAAAAAUAGAGCUUCUCAAAUUGGUCCAGUCUGAAGCUGAGCAAGAAAGUUGCUCACAAAACAAGUCUCACGUAAUCAUUGGAAAGAAGAUCUCCUUGAGUGGCCCGGCAUCUAAGGAGCUGGAUCAGCAGUCCACCACAAAACCGUCUGUCAAAAGACCCUACACAAAUGCACAAAUUCAGAUUAAACAAGGAAAAGAUGGAAAGGAGGGAUCUGUAGGCCUUUCUGCCCAGCGCUCUGUUUUUGGAGAAAGAAAUUUCAAUAUACACAGCUCCAUUUCACAUGAGAGCCCUGCAGUGAAACUCGUAAAACAGUCAAAGGCUAUGGAUGUAUUAUCAAGAAAGUUAGCAGUGAAAAAGAAGCCUGGUUCUACAAAAGUUAUGAGUAGUGGUGCAGUAAAGAAAACUGUCAGCUCUUGCCCAGCCAGCCUGACCUGCGACUGCUAUGCAACAGAUAGAGUUUGCAGUAUUUGCCUUUCAAGGCGUCAGCAAGUUGCCCCUAGGGCAGGUACACCAGGAUUCAGAGCACCAGAGGUCUUGACAAAAUGCCCCAAUCAAACUACAGCGAUUGACAUGUGGUCUGCAGGCGUCAUAUUCCUUUCUCUGCUUAGUGGACGAUACCCAUUUUAUAAAGCAAGUGAUGAUUUAACUGCUUUGGCUCAAAUUAUGACAAUUCGAGGAUCCAGGGAAACUAUCCAGGCUGCUAAAACUUUCGGCAAAUCAAUACUGUGUAGCAAAGAAGUCCCAGCUCAAGAUUUGAGGAAACUCUGUGAAAGACUCAGGAGUCUAGACUCUCACACUCCCAAAUUAGCAAGUGGUCUCCAAGGAUGUCCUUCUCAUGAUUCAGCUUUUUCAGAGAAGACUGACCAUAAAGCUUCUUCCACCAUACAAAGAUCGCAAGCACGGCCCUCAAGAGAUUCAUUAUGUAAAGGAGAUUAUAAUGGGUGGGAGAAUCAUUUUGAUGAGAGUAAGACCAAUUUAGAAGGCUGGGAUGAGGUACCUGAUGAAGCUUAUGAUCUUCUCGAUAAGCUUCUAGACCUAAAUCCAGCUUCAAGAAUAACAGCUGAAGAAGCCUUAGUGCAUCCAUUUUUUAAAGAUAUCAGCUCAUGAUGUUUCUUCAUUUCCUGUUAUUAUCGUAUAUUGUGAGGCCGAGUGAGACAGUCCUUUGUAGUACCAAAAGUCCUUAUUGAAAGAAUAAGGAAGGGUGAAUAUUUUAAAAUUUAAGUAUUUGUUUUGGUGGCAGAUUGUAAGAUACAGAUUAAAAUCACUUAAAAUGCCUCAAAGAGUUACUUGACCUACUACAUGAUCUUUGAGUUGAACCUAAUGAAGUACAAUCAGAUCUUUAGUUACCUUUCCCUGCCAUGAGCAAAAGGGAACAGUUUUACCUAGGUCAUGAGAUUAAUGGAUGUGACAGGGAGUAAAUGAAUCAGAAAACUUUGUUUCCUACUGCCUUAAGACCAUGAGUGUUAUAUCCUUUGGGAAACUUCAUCCUGGUGCUAGCACUCUCAAAAUUUAUUUUAGGUAAAGAAAUACUAUCUUCUUCUGGAGAUACACAUUAUACCUUUUAUAUGCACUGAGGAAAUGUUCAUGGGGCAGAAUAUCACAAUCGCACUUAAUUUAGCCAUUUUAAAAUAUUUUAUGAAGUCCUUUUCUGCAUUAACUGUGGUGUUUUCUUGGUGUUUCUUCCUCUGUCCCUAACACAUUCUCCUUGGAAAUGAUAUGGUACCACAAAAUUCUGGGUGCUUUACAAAGUGUAAUGUGUUUACAGUUGGGAAUGUGAAGUAACAUGCACACUAGUUGAUAAGGGAAAGCUUUCAGAACCAAGGUGAAUAUUGAUAGUCCAAAGUGCUUUUUCUAUUAUUUAUGUUUCCCCACAGCAUCUUACUUACAAUUAGAUAACUGCUAACGGGAAAAGUAAACAUAGAAUUGAGAAUUUUACUGAAGAUAUUUUUCUCUACCUAGAGCCAUUCAGAUUUCCACAGCUCUUUUCACUUAAGUAGAUUGGGAAGACAUCAAUAAAGGUUGCAAAGUAGCAAAGGACCUAGUAUAGAGGUUUAUGUUAUUCACAUUCCCAAAUGACCCAUGACAGUAUAUCACACUUCCUAUGGAAAAUAAAUCUGGGAGAAAUUUCCCAUUUAGUAGUUAUAGAUACAAUUUAGGACCAAACAUUCACUUUGUUAUUUUGAGCAUUGGUAUGUCAGAAUGCCUAAUGUUUGGCAAAUGUAGUAUUGUGUGUGUGUGUGUGUGUGUGUGUGUGCCAUUGCCCUUGAUUUGAUGUCUUACGUCUUAUGCUAUAAAAAAAUUUUAAUGUCCUUGAGUUUGUAUGUUUAAUAAAAUUAUCCCUUUAUAUUUU